GAGGUGUAUUAACUCUGUAUGUGAUUACUAUAUUCCUUCUAAAUUAUAAAUUGUGUACAAAAUGGAAAGAAAUUUGGAGACAUAUAUCAAGGAAACCCAAAAUUUAGUGGAAGCACAAAAUUUUCAAAAAGCGUACGAAGUGUUUACGGAGGCUCUGAACAUCUAUCCCUCGUGUUCGGAAUUAAAAGACGGUCUCCGUAAAAUGCAGGAGGGCGUGCUCGAACGAAUUACUCGAAAACCCGUCUCCCCUUUGUCAACCAAUCUAAAACCUUUACCAGGAGACGAUGUCCUUAAGCGUUUCGAGGAGGAGAAAGUAAACCGGUGGAUAGAAUACGCGAGUGAUGAGAAAAUUGACAAUUGUGUGGAAUUAAAGGACAACCCGGCCAAAGUUACAGAAGUUGUAGAUCUUUUCACAAAAGGAGAAACCCAGAAAGGAAUGUACAUCGUGAGGUCCUGGUUUGAUUCCUCUGGCUGUGAUUUUGUCGUUUUGAUGAAGUCUUUGUAUAUUGCGGAUUUGUACAAGGAGUGUAUUUACAUAUGUACCAAGUUUCAUCAACAACUCAGAUCCUCGUCUGUCUGGAUUCUAGGAGCCAAAGCAGCGCAAGAGCUCGAUCUCUCUGUCACUGCAGAACACUGGUUAAGGACGAUUUUCGAGUCAGAAGAAAAUGAAAGUGAAUCAUAUCAAGAAGCGGUACAGUUGUUCCUGAAUAUCCGGACAACGAGACUCUUCCAAAAUAAAAACUCAGACAUUACAAUCAAGCUUACAGACAGAGGACGAGUCGUGACGGCCACUGCAGGCGUUGACAAUCAGUCCGUUGUCUUCCAAGAAGGAUCAGUUCUCUGCGCUCCUGUCAUUAAUUCCAAUUAUGGCGACAUUCCAGCAUGUAGUCUUUGUUCAAAGUGUUUGGCUUCUCCAGAACAAUUUUUUGGUGCAAAAACUCUAAAGAAGAACAAAUCAUUGAAGGAAGCUGUGGACCAAUUUUGGACAGUUCGGAAACCAGUGAAGUGUGAGCACUGUUCAUUUGAAGUCUACUGCUCCGAAGAAUGCAGGCGCCAAUCAUGGAAGAAGUACCACAGAAUUUUAUGUCCAUCUGAAAAUGAUCACUCGGCCAAACUGUAUAAAAUUUGUACAGAGUACAAGAGUGUCUUACUCCGAGGUUCAGAGAACCUGGAAGGCUGGUGGCAGGAGAGCUUCAGUCCCCUCCUGUUGGCUAAACUCUGGGCAACAAUCCUUUGUGAUGCACUCACUGAAGCCGAAAACAACGAAAGAAAUCAAAUCGCAGAGGUGGACCUCAUUAGAGCCAAAAGAAAGUUUGACAGUUUUCAAGUUCAAGGACGAGGAGGGAUAACGAAAAGAAUUCCAAAAAUGUUCGACCUCAUGGUCAAGAUCUUUACAAACAAGGAUAAAAACAGACAUUACACUAUCACGCCAGAAGAAUUCAACUUUCGCUAUGGUCAGAUCUAUAGAAAUGUUCAGGCGUUUUCGGAUCCUAACCAUCCUUACUUCGAAUUCCGAAAAUGUGUCGAUAAGAUUCCCGAAAUGCAGAGUUUGAAGAAGAUUUUACAGAACAACAUCAGAGAGGCUGUGUUCGCUGGACUGUUUACUUUACAAUCAAGUUUAAACCAUUCUUGUGCUGGAAAUGUAGAAAUCAUUUCUGGAAUCGUAAACGAGGCUCCCGGAAUACACGUGAUCUCGAGAGGACCAAUCAAAGAAGGAGAAGAGUUGUUUGUGUCAUAUGUGGAUACGUCAUUUACCCGACAACAAAGACGAGGUCUUCUGUACCGUCUGUAUCACUUCUGGUGCGAGUGUCCUCGCUGUCAGUUUGAGGGUGAUGAUGCGGACAUCUGUACUCAGUGUGGUAAGGAAGCAGACGACGAGAAAGGUUUUCCGUCGUGUGGAAGAUGUCACAAAGCUUGGUACUGCUCUAAAACUUGUCAGAAAUCGGCCUGGAAGGAAGGACAUAAGUCGAUAUGUGUCUAUGGAUAGCAAUUGAAAACUUGAAAACACAUUACUCAGGGCUCAAUAUAGCUAAACAAAUUAAAAUUUAUUUAAAUCCACUCUGAAUUGUAACAGAAACAAAUAUCACCACCCCUUGCCUCUAAAGUUUGCUGUUAUAUUAUAAAAAUGUUGAAACAUUACCUUGUUUAUCUCUCUGUUUAAGCACAUGUUUAAGGACCGGAAUCUAGUAUGUGGUAGAAAUUUACUGGAUCC